AGCAGGUCUGGACUUGCACUGGGAGCUACCGUCACAUUUGCUGCAUACAUGGCUUGGUCGCUGAGCUCGGAUAGUCAGCGGAUAUCACUUGAUGCUCAACCUCUUCCGUCCUCCAGAAAUCCCCCACUUCCCACUGCAGACUCCCCUCCGCCUCCAAUACAGACAGAAGAGACAUCAUCUGAAACGUCAGUACCCAUACUAGAGGAGGACGCGGAUAAAACACCACCGGCUGCGACAGUCGAAGCACAGAGUGAAGAGCAGCCGUCUGGGGGUGCUUAUAACCCGGUGACAGGCGAAAUCAAUUGGGACUGCCCGUGCCUCGGUGGAAUGGCCCAUGGUCCAUGUGGUCCAGAAUUCAGGGAGGCCUUUUCAUGUUUUGUUUACUCUGAACAGGAACCAAAAGGUAUUGAUUGUGUGGAAAAAUUCAAGGCCAUGCAAACCUGUUUCCGGGAACACCCCGACGUAUAUGGGGAGGAAAUUAUGGACGAUGAUGACGAAGAGGAAUCCCAGGGUCAAGCUACGCCCGAGGGCGCU